UACAGAAAUGUCAAAACAAACCAAACUGAACUUGAACUAAGAAUUUCUGCUAAAAUAUAAAUCUGAAAAAAAUUAUGACGAUGAGUGCAUGAUUUUCGAGUCCCUUUUUGUGAAUUUGUGUUGUCGAAAGUUGUGCAAUUUCAGAAACGCAUUAAGAAAAGUUGUAAACAUGGUAGAAAUUAUAGAUGUUGAUGGCAGUGUUUUAGAGGGAGGUGGGCAAAUACUUCGCAUUGCAGUGUCCCUUAGUGCCAUACUACGCCAACCGGUUCGGGUGUCAAACAUACGAGCUGGCCGGAAAAAACCGGGUUUGGCUGCUCAGCAUUUGAGUGGUAUCCAGUUAGUUGGGGAGAUGUGCAAAGCGAAGCUGAAAGGAGUGUCCAUUGGCUCCACACAGAUUGAAAUCUGGCCGGGGAAGAUCCUUGGGGGACAUUACAUGGCUGACACCAAGACUGCAGGUUCCACGAGUCUCUUGCUACAAGUGGCUCUCCCGGUAGCCCUGAUGGCGGACGGCCCGGUGACGCUGGACCUGAAGGGCGGCACCAACGCGGACAUGGCGCCGCAGAUAGACUACACGGACCUCGUGUUCAAACCGCUGCUGCAUAAGUUCGGUGGUGACUUGUUCAUCACUGUUCACAGGAGAGGAUAUUUCCCACGAGGAGGAGGCCAUGUGACCAUUCAGAUAAACCCGGUGAAGCAACUCCGAUCAGUGAACUUGACCGAGGCAGGCUCUCUGGUCAAUGUGCGAGGAUCCUGCUUCGUGGCAGGAACGUUGCCCGUGAAGAUCGCAUACCAAAUGUGUGACGGAGCCAAGAAGCACCUGUGCGACGAGUGCAGCGAACUAGACAUCCGUUGCUAUAAGGAGCCGAGUGGUAUAGCACCUGAUAACUGCAGUGGAAUUAUUCUGUCGUGUUGUUUGUCAUCUGGUUGUGUGAUCGGCGGCGACGCUCUCUGUAAGAGAGGCUGUGACUCCUUCGACACCGGCCGCAAGCUGGCGGACGAGCUCGUCGACCAGCUCAGGAAACAGGUAUGCGUAGAUCAUCAUGCGCAAGAUCAGAUGGUGUUGUACAUGGCGCUCGCCGAGGGCAAGUCUGUCGUGAGAAGCGGGGAAGUUACACUGCAUACGAAGACGGCCAUUUUUGUCGCCGAACAACUUGCUAAGGUGAAAUUCAAUGUGCAAGACUGUGGCGAUCACGCGUUUAUUGAAUGCAAUGGAAUUGGUCAUACCAACAAGAACUUGCCUAUUUAAUUACACUGGUUAAAACAAAGAUACCCAUUCUGGGUUUAGUUCUAGUCGGAUGCGCGUGAAAGUGUCGACACGUCUGUUUCCCGUGCGGAUGGACAGAGACUCUGGUGUGUGGACUAUCAGCUGUUGUGAUACAAGGCUUGUUUUUAUUUAUUUUUUUAUUUGUCGUUCGUUAUGGACUGGUAUAUAUUUAUUACUAGCUGUGCCCGCGACUUCGUUCUCGUGGAAUAGUUAUUUUGGGCAUCAUUGUGGCCCUUAAGGAUGAAUAAUUUUAUUAGUUUUUUUUCCACAUUUUCCAUUAUUUCUUCGCUCCUAGUAGUUGCAGCGUGAUGUUAUAUAGCCUAAAUCCUUCCUCGAUGAAUGGCCUAUUCAACGCAAAAAGAAUUUUUCAAUCCGAACCAGUAGUUCCUGAGAUUAGCGCGUUUAAACAAACAAACUCUUCAGCUUUAUAAUAUUAGUAUAGACGUGUGGGAAAUGUUUAUCUAUUGUAUUUAACUGAAGGAAACUGAAGUGGGAGGGAGGGAACUUAUUAGGGCUCGACCACAUAAAGAAGAUCUCCCGCCAGCUGGUGCGAUGCCUGGGGAACCGCACGACAGACGAUUAUAAUUGCAAAAUAAUUUUUUUUUAUUACUUCUUGAACAAAUUAACUAGAAAUUUUGCUUAUUAAGAGUCUGGAGAAAUACAUAGGGUACUUUUGCAAAAAAUCUGUAUUAUUUUGUAAGUGGCGCUAAAUUUGUAAGAGUAACUUUGUGAUAUAAAUGACUGAAUGGUUAAUUUAUUGUUUAUUUAUUAUAAAACCCGUGCUGCGAUUUCGUUUUGAGUCUUAAGAUAUAAAUUUAUAAAAAAAAAUACUGUUCAAUUCAAUAUUGUUCGCCCUCGCCAAGGCGGUCAAAAAGCGGCCGGCCAGGCGGCAACAUAUAUUUAUUUCAAAAUAAAUCUUGUUGCAAAUCAAAACUUUUUUUAUUAUUGCCUGCAUUUGUAAUGCACGUUCAAAGAAUCUCAAAUUUAUAAGCCUAUCCCUUGGUGCAUAGGUAUAUAAAAAACGUAAAUACCUACAUCAAGACAGUUUACUGUGAGGCGUUAUUGUUAUGAAUAUUAAGAUAACAGAAAAAAAAAUAUUACAAUGAAUGAAAGAAUUUCAAUACGUCAAGUUCGUUUAUUACAGAAUUAUAUACCAAAAUGGCGGAUUGAAAAUGUCAUGUAUAGCCGGAGGCUAACCUGUUAUAAGAUACACCUAAUAUACGUGUUUACGCUAACAUUACCCUAUUUAUUUUUACCCACAUUUAAUGUCCACAUUAUCAAGACCGAAAUAUUAUUACAAAAUAUAAAUUUCCAAAAUAUAAUUGGGCAAAAGUGGUCUAUUAUAUGUAGAGAUACAAGUAUUAUCAAAAAUAAAUGCCAAAAAGAAAAAUACUACUUUCCUGAUAUAUUUUGUUAGUUCAUAUCAUUUCAUCUAAAGGCAGAAUCGCCUAAACCCGCUAGAAAUAACAUAAAAAGGUAAUUUUAAUAUAUUUUUUAGACCACAUUCGCUCUUUAGGGUCACCGACCAAAGUUACAGAAGUUAGAUUACAAAAUGCGCCUAAAUGAUAAAAAUACAAGUCAAUCGGACUGUUGAGGGGAUAAUAGACCAGAAAUUUUAUCAUUUAGACGUAUUUUGUAAUAUAACUAUAUUCAAGAACCACAAGUCCCGCUUAUUUUCUUAAUUCUUCUCUAUUUAUAAUUAAAAAAAAAUAGCCCAAAUGCAGUCAGUGGUUUAAUAACACACACAUUU